AUGUGGAGCCUGAAAAUUCCCCCAAGAGCUAGUGCUUUUUCUUGGAGAUUAUUCAAGAACAGGCUCCCUACUAGGGAUAAUCUCAGAAGGAGGCAAGUGACAUUGCCUUCAUAUAGAUGUCCUUUAUGUGACCUUGAUGAAGAAUCUGUCACUUAUCUUAUGUUCAACUGUUCCAAGACUAGGAGUCUUUGGUGGGAGCCUAUGAGAUGGGUUAAUAGAGUGGGUCCUUUCCCCAUAGACCCAAAGAAUCACUUUCUACAAUUCUCUCAGUGGAAUAGGCCAAGUUGUACAGUCAAGAGAUUGGAAUUUCUCUGGAUAACUCUGUCCUUGUCCAUUUGGCAUCACAAAAAUGGCAUGGUUUUCAAUAAUCAGUCUUUCAAUCCAGAAAAGGUCAUAGAUGAGGCCUUAUUCCACACCUGGUCUUGGCUUAAGUGUGUGGAGAAGGGCUUUCAAUUGCAUUUUAAUUUCUGGUCAACUAACCUGAAGGAUGCAUUUUCUUAG